CUUUAUGCACGUGGGUCAAAUAUAAUACGUUUCCAUGAUUAUUUUUAUGUACAUUUUUUUGUUGUUCUACGUUUUGUUCGGAAACGAGUUGGGUCAAAUAAAAUAUGUUUUCACUAAGCGUAAUAAAUUCAAGUUACUUUACGUUUCGACUCCGUCGCAACGCAUGCUACCAUUCUUCAACGUAAAAAACACUAUUUCUUACGCAGUGGCGAAGCUUGAGAUUUCCGACUGGAGGUGUGUAAGUCACCGGACCUAAAAAUUUCUAUAAAACUGGGGGAUCGAAAACGUAUAUACCCAAAAAAAUUUAUACGAAAACUACAUACUCUCUACUAGUAAGCGAAAAGUUCGGGGGGUCGGCCGCCCCCUCCCGCCCCUUAAAAGCUUCGCCCAUGUUCUUACGUGCGUAUUUUUAAGUUUUGUGUUAAAAAUCCAAGUUGGUUUACGUUUUGACGUAAAUUUUCUCGAUUAUGAGUCAGGUAAAAUAUAAUACGUUUUCGUGCAUAUAUCCAUGUGUGUUUUCAAUCGUUCUACGUUUUAAUGUAAAUUUGUUAGAAAACGAGUAGGGGCAAAUAUUUGAUACUAUAAGUUCAACUUACUUUAUAUUUUGCCGCCAUCGCACCGGUGCGACGAGUCAAAAUUCUAGUUCAAAUUUAUAUGUGCAUCAUAUUGAACCUUUUUAAAAGAACAUAUAUUUAAAUUGUACGUAGCAUUUGAGAUGUUACAAGAAGAUUGAUUAAGAUAUAUAAAAAAUAUUACCACUCAAUUUUCGAACGAUUUUGUUUCUAAGCGUUUCUAAAAGAAGCUAGUCCGCUUCCGCUCUAUUCACUCAAUCUCACACUCCACGUGUCAUUCCAUCCAACGGCUGCACAUCCACCGUUGAUUUAGUUAUAUAACAUCACCACUUCUCUUCUUCCUUAUCACUUAUCAGUCAAAACUGUUAUCCGUUUCCGUUGUUUCCCCCUUUUCCACUCUCUCUCUCUCUCUCUCUCUUACUUUCUCUCUCUAAAAACCAUGCUUCUCAGAGCUCCACCGACUAUCUUCUUGCGGACCGGCUCCGGCGAGAACUUCAGUGGAACUCUGAUCUCAUCGGCUCCCUCGACCAUCGUUUGCGCAGCGGCCAAAGGCGGUUCUUCCAACAGUAAGCCGAUCACAGGCGUUGUGUUUGAACCGUUUGAAGAAGUCAAAAAGGAGCUCAAUCUUGUCCCUACGGUUCCUCAACAGUCUCUUGCUCGUCAAAAGUACGCUGAUGAAUCCGAAGCCGCCAUCAAUGAACAGAUCAAUGUUGAGUACAAUGUUUCAUACGUGUACCAUGCUAUGUAUGCCUACUUUGAUAGGGACAAUGUUGCUCUCAAGGGGUUAGCCAAAUUCUUUAAGGAGUCCAGUGAAGAAGAAAGGGAACAUGCGGAGAAGCUUAUGGAAUACCAGAACAAACGUGGUGGGAAGGUGAAGCUGCAAUCUAUUUUAAUGCCCUUGUCAGAGUUUGAUCAUGCUGAGAAAGGAGACGCACUAUAUGCAAUGGAGCUUGCAUUGUCAUUGGAGAAACUAACAAAUGAGAAACUUCUACACUUGCACGCGGUGGCCAACAAGAAGAAUGAUGUGCAAUUAGCUGAUUUUGUUGAAAGCGAAUUCUUGGGUGAACAGGUUGAGGCGAUUAAAAAGAUAUCUGAAUAUGUUGCUCAACUGAGAAGAGUCGGCAAAGGACAUGGAGUUUGGCAUUUUGAUCAAGCGCUUCUUAACGAUGGUGCUGCUGUUUGAACAAUUAUGAAGGUUUUUUGGGGUUGUUUCGGAUGAGGGAUUAGUUGCUAUUAACAUUUUGGUUUGUUCUACACCAGAAUUGCAAUAUGGAGACUGUAUAGUUCUUUAUUUCCCUAAAUGCUUUGAUAAUCUUGACGCUAUUUUGGUUCAAUUGUAAGAACGCCAGAUUUGGGUUCGUAAUCUGUGGUUAUAUAUUGGAAUUUGAAUAAUAUGAACCAUGAAAAUUGAGGCUUAUGUAUCAUGGUCAGGCUUAUGUAACAUUAUUGGUUUGUUCUACACCAGAAUUUCAAUAAAGAAUAGGUAUUAAAACA